UCUUUAAACAUGUGGAAGAUCAGAAGAUUAGAAGACCAUUACCAUACUAUAAUAUAGUUAAAACUUUAUGGCUGAGACACAAAUGCUUGCUGUCAUUUUGUGUAAUAAGGAAUACGAUUCAUAACAAGACAAUGGGGUGCUGCUCAAGCAGUGCUUCUGCUGGAGUGAUUAGCAAGGAGCAGCUACAUGGGGCAGCCGCCCAGCUGUGUGGGAUACAACCCAGCCACUUUGUGCUAGAACUCAGCUUCUCAAAAGGAUUAGGACUCAAACAGGCCCUCAGCCUUAUCAAAGGAGGGACAGGGCGUGUAGUUGGUACGGAAACCUCAAAAUUAAACAUCUCCGCAGUAACGAGAGAGCUAUGUGAAGAUAUAGAACUGGGGGCACUGGAGGUUUGCCUUCAGGAUUCAGAAUUGCUUCCCUUUAUUCACAACAUGUUUGAUGUGAUAUAUACAGUGAAUGGCAACCUCACGUGGGCUGACCAAACGGCUGCAUUGAAGGAAAUAUAUCGGGUGUUAAGGCCGGGGUGCCUGUUUAUGACUUGUGUGUACAAAGAACCGGUGGUGACUAAGAAAAAACAAUCUAAACAAAUACAAAUUGAAAGAGAGUUUCAUUCUGAUGAAUAUGUGCAAGAUUUAAAGGAAAGUGGUUUCACAAAGGUGAAGAUUAAAGAACACAGAAAUGCUGUUUCUGGGUAUAAAUAUCUAGCUGUGUAUGCAUAUGCCAGGCAGAUGAAAUGAAAAACAAACAGUGUCAAGGUGCCAGGACUUAAUCAGUCUAUGUGCCUACUAUCCGUAACAUAUUUCAUCAUCAUUCCUUGUUCAAUACAAGCUGGGCACAAGCUUGUGUGGACAGCGGGCAAGGAUUGUCACAAGUUUUCUUCAGCAUGUUCAGGGAAACCAGUAAAGAUUUGCUAAAAAACAACAAGCUAAUCUAAAUUUGUAAAUUGAAACAUUUCUCAGCCCAAACUUACCCUUCAUCCUGGUCAACUCCAAGCUGGGCACAGGCUCUUGUGGAUAAUAGGCGAGGAUGAUCACAAAUCUUCUUCAGCACAUUCAGGGCAACCAGAGGGGACUUUGUAGUCAUCAGCAGCUGAAAUAUUGUCAAGAUUUUCUAUGAAUAUUUUGUAUGGGCUGGUAUGAAUUCAUUAUAUGACAUGGUCGAAACUUGUUGAGAUUGGUAAAUUUUUAGACUCUUAAGGUCUAAUGCCUUUUUUAAUGAUAACAACACUCAAGAAGAUGAAUUUUUUCUACAAAUUGCUC